UAUUCGAAAAAGUUUUGGAAAAACUUUUAUUUUGUUGGCAAUAGAUCAUUACAAAUCAAAUACCAAAACAAAACUUCGAUAUACGAUGGCUACUGGAGUUCGUCUAGUUGCAAAUGGUGUCCUUUGUAAAGGGCAUUUUAAUACAAGUCCAUUAAGUGCUUUGGUUAGAUGGAAUUCUACAUCAACUGAAUCACCUACAAAGACUAAAUUUGGGCCUUUGAAAGAUCAAGAUAGAAUUUUCACCAACUUAUAUGGUAGACAUGACUGGAAACUCAAAGGAGCUCUUUCGAGGGGAGAUUGGUAUAAAACAAAAGAAAUCCUUAUCAAAGGAGUGGAUUGGAUCCUGAAGGAAAUAAAGGAUUCAGGUUUACGUGGAAGAGGAGGUGCAGGUUUCCCCACUGGAAUGAAAUGGGGAUUUAUGAAUAAACCAAGUGAUGGAAGACCAAAGUAUCUUGUUGUAAAUGCUGAUGAAGGUGAGCCAGGAACAUGUAAAGACAGAGAAAUCAUGAGGCAUGAUCCACACAAACUUGUAGAAGGAUGCUUGGUUGCUGGAAGGGCUAUGGGUGCAAGAGCAGCAUAUAUUUAUAUUCGUGGAGAGUUUUAUAAUGAAGCAUCUAAUCUGCAAGUAGCCAUUAAAGAAGCCUAUCAGGCUGGAUUUCUUGGAAGAAAUGCAUGUGGAUCUGGAUAUGAUUUUGAUGUAUUUGUUCAUAGAGGUGCUGGGGCUUAUAUCUGUGGUGAAGAAACAGCUUUAAUUGAAUCCUUGGAGGGCAAGCAGGGUAAACCUCGACUGAAACCACCAUUCCCUGCUGAUGUUGGCGUAUUUGGUUGCCCAACCACUGUUGCCAAUGUUGAAACUGUUGCUGUUGCACCAACUAUUUGUAGGCGAGGAGGAGCUUGGUUUGCUUCAUUUGGUAGACCCAGAAAUUCUGGCACAAAGUUGUUUAACAUUUCUGGGCAUGUGAACAAUCCUUGCACUGUUGAAGAGGAGAUGUCCAUUCCUUUGAAAGAAUUGAUUGAGAGGCAUGCAGGGGGUGUUUUAGGAGGAUGGGACAACUUACUGGGAGUUAUUCCUGGAGGUUCAUCUACUCCUGUUAUUCCAAAGAAAGUUUGUGAGGAUGUUCUGAUGGACUUUGAUGGGUUAGUUGCUGCUCAAACUGCUUUGGGAACAGCUGCUGUUAUUGUGAUGAAUAAGCAGACAGAUAUUAUCAAAGCUAUUGCACGAUUGAUCGAGUUCUACAAACAUGAGAGUUGUGGCCAAUGCACUCCAUGUCGUGAAGGCGUAGGUUGGAUGUACAAAAUUAUGAACAGAUUUGUUGAGGGCAGUGCACAAGUGGAUGAAAUCAAUAUGUUGUAUGAAAUCAGUAAGCAGAUUGAAGGACACACAAUUUGUGCUUUAGGAGAUGGUGCAGCAUGGCCUGUACAAGGUUUGAUACGGCACUUCAGACCUCUCAUCGAGGAAAGGAUGAAGAAUUAUGCUGCUACGCAUAAGGUUGGCAAGGCAGCCAUUUAGAAAUUGAUCAUUUCUUUGUAGAAAUAUUAUAGCAAAAAAUUCCCAUGGAUUAAUAACUUAUGAACUGUACAAAGUUCUAGAGCAUAAUAUUGUUCUGAAUGCAAAUAAAUGCUAUCUAUGUAAACAUA